AUGGAGACCCGGAGGGGAGCUCGAGGGCUUUCUCACCAGGGACGUUCCUCCAGAGCCCCUCAGGUGCUGGUAGACGGCGGUGACAGCAUGGCCAAUUCCAUCAUCUGCACCAACAAUCCUGGGAACGUCCUCUCAACUCUGACAUCCACUGAUGAACAGCAUCCCUUUGAAUUGGCUCGGGAAGCUACAGAGAAUUGUGAGCGCAUGUGGCAACAGUUUGAUCAAGUAGAGGAGAGAACCCAGAGGAUCAGAAGCCAAUACCAGCUCAUAGACUCUCUGUUAGCAGAAAUCAGAAGUGACUGUGCAAAGUUUGAGAAGUCCAAGGAAAUGCUGCUGCAAUGCACUGGAAUCCCGGAGACAGGAGCCUUUUGUCUGCAGCAGCAGAACACCAAGCAGCAGAAGGAAGCGUCAGCCCAGGCAGAAGAGGCAGAGCAGCAGGACUGGAUGGAGGUUUCCCAGGAGCAAGAGUCAUCAAGCUGGUGUCUGGAGCAGCUGAGCCAGGAAUCCUCUGGCCAAGGACAUGAAGUGGCCCAGGUAUGGCGAGAGGAGGAGCUGCUGGCCCAGAAGGCUGACCUUGAGGGCCGACUGGCAGCCACCGAGUGGCUCCGACAAGACCUUGCCGGGCAGCUGGAGGAGACCAGGUCAGCAAAGGAGAGCCUGCAAUCCAGGCUGUUUGCUGCUCAGCAGCAGAUGGCUCAGCUGGAGAUGACCUGGAAGCGUGUGGAGGCAGAGCUGCAAGGGGAGCUGCAGGGAGCUCGCAGAGAAGCCCAGGCAGCGCAGAGGAGGCACAAGGAAGAGCUACAAGGCCUCAAAGAGGAAAGGAAUCUCCUCCUUGAGCAGAGGGAGGCUCUACAAAAGCAGCUGGCAGCCUCCCGAGAGUGCCCGGAAAGGACUGCACAGAGAGCCCAGCAAGAGGGGAGGGAGACACAGGAAGAGUCCAGACACAAACUGAUGGAGAUUGAGCAGAUCCAGAAGAUGCUGGACGAGGCAAAACAUCAGAACAAGGAGCUGCAAGUGCAUCUGGACUAUCUGGAGAGGGAAUGGAUUCAAUGGGAAGAAAUGGCUCAGCAAAAUUCAGACUUGCAGGCUUCCGUCAAUGCCCUAGAGAGGGAAAAAGCCAGGCUGAUUCUGUCUCUGGAGGAAAAGGAUGUGUGCCUCAGAACGCUGGAAGAACAGAACCUGGCACUGAACCAUCAGGUGUCUCAGUGUCAAUCUGCUCUUCAGCAGGCCAAACAGCUCUCCUCAAACCGCGCUGGACAACUGCGGGAGCUCAACACACAGAUCCGGGCCCUGCAGGACGCAGUGCUGCAGAUGGAGGCUUCCCAGGCAACUCAACAGAAGCAGCUGCUGAAGGAGCUGGAGGAGUCUCGAGCAGGAGAACGCUCUUUGAGGGACUCUGUGCACCUGCUGCAGGCUGAGGUGUCUGAGCUGCGUGUGAGGCUCCAGAGCUCUGAUGACAAAGCUCUUGCCUUGGCCAUACAGUGUGAGGCUGUGGAGCUGGAGCUGAGGAAGACACAAGCUCAGAGAGACAACCUCAGAGCCCGCAACCUGGAGCUGCAGAAGGAGUUGGAGGAAAUUGAGCAAGAUUGCGUGCAGGCAGAAGCCAAGCACAUCUGUCUCCAAAUUGCCCUGGAGAAGGAGGCCACUGAAAGGCAGGAAGAGGCUGUGGCUCUUCGACAGGAGGUGGCAUCUCUGAGGAGAAAAUUGGAAAAGCUGGAGAAGGAAAGGAAGGAUGUGCUGGUUUCCCAGGAGCAAGAGUCAUCGAGCUGGUGUCUGGAGCAGCUGAGCCAGGAAUCCUCUGGCCAAGGACAUGAAGUGGCCCAGGCGUGGCGAGAGGAGGAGCUGCUGGCCCAGAAGGCUGACCUUGAGGGACGACUGGCAGCCACCGAGGGGCUCCGACAAGACCUUGCCAGGCAGCUGGAGGAGACCAGGUCAGCAAAGGAGAGCCUGCAAUCCAGGCUGUUUGCUGCUCAGCAGCAGAUAUCACAGCUGGAAGUCACCAGGAACCAUCUGGAGGCUCAAGUGCUCACAGUCACACAGGCCAAGGAGGUGAUAGAAGGAGAAGUGAAGUGCCUGCAAGGUGAGCUGGAAGCAGAGAGAGCUCUCAGGAGGCAGGAACAGGAAGACACAGCUCAACAGCUCUUGCAGGCAGAGCAGCAGCCUCAGGAAAGCCUCAGGCUCCAGGGAACUGCUCAGCAACUGGAAAUAAAGAAGCUCCUGCAAGACCUGGCAAGUGAGCGUGAAAGGCACCGUGCAGAGAUGGAGGAGACGCUGGAGCAAUGGGAAAAAGAGAAGGCAGAGAGAGAGCAGGAGCACAAGAAGGUGCUAUUUGAGAUGAGGCAGAAAGUUGCCACCCUGCUGGCCCAACAAGAAGAGCUAACGAGAUUUGAAAAUGCCAAGCAAGAGAUGUUCAUGGCCAAGGUCCUGCUGGAAGAGCAGAAGGAGAAGAGUGCUUUAUCAGAGGCACUGCUCCAAACUCAGGGAGAGCUCAGCCGAGCCCGCCAGCAGGUGCAGCAGCUCAGGCAGGAGACCAUCAAGGCAAAUCUACAAGGGGAGCUGCAGGGAGCUCGCAGAGAAGCCCAGGCAGCUCAGAGGAGGCAUGAGGAAGAACUACAAGGCCUCAAAGAGGAAAGGAAUCUCCUCCUUGAGCAGAGGGAGGCUCUAGAAAAGCAGCUGAAAGUAGGAUGGGUGCUGGUAAAUCUUUGGGAACUUGCCAGAGAUGCCCUGGCUCUAGGGUGCUGCUCCUCCUCCUACCUGGAUGUGCUGAUUCUGUCUCUGGAGGAAAAGGAUGUGUGCCUCAGAACGCUGGAAGAACAGAACCUGGCACUGAACAAUCAGGUGUCUCAGUGUCAAUCUGCUCUUCAGCAGGCCAAACAGCUCUCCUCAAACCGCGCUGGACAACUGCGGGAGCUCAACACACAGAUCCGGGCCCUGCAGGACGCAGUGCUGCAGAUGGAGGCUUCCCAGGCAACUCAACAGAAGCAGCUGCUGAAGGAGCUGGAGGAGUCUCGAGCAGGAGAACGCUCUGUGAGGGACUCUGUGCACGUGCUGCAGGCUGAGGUGUCUGAGCUGCGUUUGAAGCUCCAGAGCUCUGAUGACAAAGCUCUUGCCUUGGCCAUACAGUGUGAGGCUGUGGAGCUGGAGCUGAGGAAGACACAAGCUCAGAGAGACAACCUCAGAGCCCGCAACCUGGAGCUGCAGAAGGAGUUGGAGGAAAUUGAACAAGAUUGGUGGAAGGAGGAAGUCAAGCACAUUUCUCGAGAAACUGCCUUGGAGAAAGAGGCCACUGAAAGGCAGGAAGAGGCUGUGGCUCUUCGACAGGAGGUGGCAUCUCUGAGGAGAAAAUUGGAAAAGCUGGAGAAGGAAAGGAAGGAUGUGCUGGUGGACCCUGAAAGAAGAAGAAUCAGAACUUUUAGGAGAGUGUUCCCCCCAGACUACUUUACCUUGCCUAUCCAUGAGUCUGCCGAUCGAAAUUGGUCGACUUUUGAAAUAGAAGAGUCCUCCAGUAUCUCAGAGGAGCAGCAGCCCUCGUGCUGA